GAGAGAGAGAGAGAGAGAGAGAGAGAUCUUCACCGAGCUAUAAGAUUGGAUCCCACUCCUCAGCAGAAUUUCUUCACAGUCCAAAAAAUUGUAGGCAUAUAUAAAUAUAUAUAAAUCCCAUUUUCCACUUGGCUGAAGUCUCCUUCAUCUCUACUUUCUAGCUGGAAAGUUUCUUGCUCCCAUUUCUGAAUGUGAUCUGAAGCUCAAGUGAGAAUUAUUGGGAGGCAGUGUGAGUGUGUGAAACCAAGGGUUGAAGGAGGGGUUUUAAGAAACGACAAAUAAGCCUUGGGUUGUGAGAAACCCAUGAAAACUUGCCCCAUAAUUAAGCUGAAAGUGAGGGCUCUCUUGUUUAUAGCAAAGUUUGCAUCUUUUUAGGUAGUAAGUCAGAUGUCGAGGCCUCUUCACCGGGGCGUUUUGAGUGGCGGGGGGCGAUUCUCGGGGAAUAGUAAUGAUUAUUGGGAUGAUUCUCAGAAGAAAGAUAAGUUGGAGAAGGAAGAUUUGAAUCGGAAUCAGCUAAAUGGAGCUGAUGUUACACAUUUGUCUUUGAAGAACCCUUUUCAAUUUCUUUUCACAAAUUCGACUCAUGGCUUGGGAGAGCACGGUUUUGUAUCGGAUCCCUUCAGUCCCGGGGUUGUUAGGAGUUGGCAGAAAGUGAUUCUCUCCUUUCUCAAAUUCAGUUUAGUAGCCAUUGUGAUUCUUGCUCUUACUGGUUCGUACUGGUGGUCUCUCUCUAUAGCCUCAACUUCGAGAGGGAAAGUGUUCCAUGGAUAUAGGCGGCUUCAGGAGCAGCUGGUAUCUGAUAUGUAUGAAAUUGGGGAGCUUUCUCUUAGUUCGUCGAAGUUUAGGGAAUUAGAAUAUUGUUCUCAGGAGUCUGAGAACUUUGUUCCGUGCUUCAAUGUUUCGGAAAAUCUUGCUCUGGGGUUUUCUGGGGGAGAAGAAUAUGACCGGCAUUGUGUGCACGGGUUGAAGCAGAACUGCUUGGUUCUUCCCCCAGUGAACUAUAGGAUUCCUCUACGGUGGCCUGCUGGGAAAGACAUAAUCUGGUUUGCGAAUGUUAAUAUUACGGCACAGGAAGUCCUGUCUUCUGGUAGUUUGACUAAGAGGAUGAUGAUGUUGGACGAAGACCAGAUUUCCUUUCGUUCGGUGUCGUCUACCUUUGAUGUCGAAGAUUAUUCUCAUCAAAUUGCAGAAAUUAUUGGGCUGAGAAACGAGUCCUCGUUUAUACAAGCUGGAGUCAGAACAAUCCUGGACAUAGAAUGUGGUUAUGGUAGUCUUGGGGCACGAUUAUCUUCAUACCAACUAUUAACCAUGUGUUUAGCAAACUAUGAGGCGUCAGGCAGUCAAGUCCAGCUAACCCUGGAAAGGGGUCUCCCGGCAAUGAUUGGUUCGUUUGCGUCUAAGCAGCUCCCGUAUCCAUCUAUAUCUUUUGACAUGAUUCAUUGUGCAAGAUGUCGAGUUGAUUGGGACACAAAAGGUGGCGUAUAUUUACUUGAAGUUGAUCGGUUAUUGCGGCCCGGUGGAUAUUUUGUGUGGACCGAUCCCAUUAUAAACUCUCAGCGCUCCUUACGCAACAAAGCCAACCUAAAAAAAUGGGAUACAGUGCGCGUGGCAGCAGAAAAUCUCUGCUGGGAUAUGCUCCCACAGCAAGACGAAACUGUCGUUUGGAAGAAGACUAGUAAAAAGAAUUGUUAUCCCAAACGGAAAAGUGGUUCCUUUUCUCUGUGUAGUAAAGGCCACGAUGUCGAGACCCCGUAUUAUCGACCACUCCCAGCAUGCAUUGGAGGGACUCAAAACCGCCGUUGGUUUCCUAUUGAAGAGAGGAGAAAAUGGCCCUCACAGGCGGCAUUGACCCCAGCUGAACUUGAACGAUAUGGCUAUAGCGCAGAAGAGUUUACGGAGGAUUCUGUUAACUGGAAAUCCGCUGUCCAAGAUUUCUGGUCUCUGCUUUCACCCCUCAUAUUCUCGGAUCAUCCAAAGAGGCCUGGCGACGAAGAUCCUUCCCCGCCUUAUAACAUGCUGAGAAAUGUGCUGGACAUGAAUGCUCAUUUGGGAGGUUUCAAUGCUGCCUUAUUAAAGACUAAGAAAUCCGUCUGGGUUAUGAACGUGGUCCCUACGAGUGGUCGUAAUAGUCUCCCUUUGAUAGUUGACCGGGGCUUUACUGGCAUGCUGCAUAACUGGUGUGAACCGUUUCCAUCGUAUCCAAGGACGUAUGAUCUAGUUCACGCAGAAGGACUUCUCACUCUUGAAUUUUCCGAACAGCCAAAAUGCCAAAUGAUCGAUAUGUUUGCUGAGAUAGAUCGCUUACUUCGUCCAGAGGGAUGGUUGAUUCUGAGGGACACCACUCCUCUUAUUGAGUUUGCAAGAUCUCUGACGACUCAUCUGAAAUGGGACGCGCGAAUAGUGGAGAUUGAGAGCAACAGCAACGAGAGGCUCCUGAUCUGCCAGAAACCGUUCCUCAAGAGACAAGCGAGCUGAUUUCUUGGAAAAAAUACACGCCGGGUAUAUCUACAUAUGAUAGACGAUUAUAUUCACAUUCAUUUCUUUACUGCAUCAUCCUACAUUCUUAAAGAAUCGGAGGAAAGAAAUUUGAUAAUCGAAGAGAAAGGGUCGAUAGCAUAGCCCGAUGCAGGAACUGCAUGAUCGCGUUAUUUUUUAUAGACGCCGCAAGGUGUCUGUGUGACCGUGUAACUAGAGAUCGAAAACAAAGGGGGUGGGGGGGAGAUAUAUGACUAUAUGCCCUUUUGAUGCCUCUUUUUAGGGACAUUUUCAUACAUAUGUAUACUCAAAAUUGUGAUGGAUGGACUUAUAGAAGUAUACAAUAAGCAAAAAAUUGGUUUGCUUGUGUAUACAUAUUCUUUUAAAGUUAUCUACUUUUGCAUUUAGUGUA